CGUAUGGACGGUGGAUUAACAAUCUUUUGAAAUUCCUUGGCAACUUGCAAGGCCGCACAAACUGUAUAGCAUGGAAGCCGAGGUAGCAAGGGCCGCAUUAGCCKUAGUGCAACCCACAACAGAUCCCGUCUCUCGGCGCGAGGCAUCUCGCUUUUUAGAAGAGUGGACACAAACCCCCGAUGCCCUAGAUGUGUACACAAAGUGGCUGGCUUCGUAUCGCCACCAAGACAAAUCGAAGCCGGGUUCGGGCGCCGCUGGCUACGAARUGCCGAUGCAGAUGCUGUGUCUAACCAUGCUCCAGUCGAGAUUGCGACAAGAGAUGMUCCGAUCCUCCUCCACGAAUCCGAAUGCCAUGGCCGCUCUGCGCGUCGAGCUCUGGGAAUACCUUCGACAGCAACCGGAUUUGGAUCGAUCCCUUAUCGGUCCUUGUUGCAUUUGUAACGCCAUCACGAUUGUGCGGAACAAAGACGGAUCCGGAUUGGCCGAAUUCCUGGCGAAUGCCCGCAAGAACGCGGUUGGUUUGCCUCCGGAGACCGUCUUGCGUUUGCUAGGAUGCAUUCCGUCCGAAAUGGAAGCCCGACAGGAUCUGACGACCRCUCAGGCUAUGGAAGCACUGCAGUUGCAUCUGGAGGUCACACUGGAUCUGAUUGGGAAGGGUUUGGUAGGUGGUUUUAUUCUACCGGCUUGCCAGGCACUGAUAGCUUGGAUCGAAACAUCUCAGGUUUCCUUGAGCCAAAUAAACACACCCACCUGCGGAGGAUCAAUGGCACUAUUGCCCAUUUUGAUAAAACUUUUGUCGUCGUCRGACGCUAAUUUUGACGAGGUGACACUUCAAACCGUUUCACGGGCCCUGACGGCUGCAAUCGGGAUCACCUCCGAUUACGGAACACCUACCCGCCAGGCCGCAGCAGCUGCCUUCUGGAUGGCCAUUCCGCAGCAAGGCUUCAUUGUCAACCCCCUUCAAGUGGCGGCAGCAAACGAGUGGAACGAUGCCUCCCACGCCCUUGCCAGCAUGCUGGCAACCUUUUUGGUGGAAAACGCCGAAGCAAUUGUGGGCCAGCCAGCGGACAUUGGCCUGCGGGUGCUGCUGGAAAUUCAAUCACAUCCUUCCACGUCUGUGGCACUGAUCCCCUUGGAAUGCUGGCUUACCGUCCAAGAAAUCCCCACCGCCGAGCGAAACGAGCAAUGGUCGAAGCCGCUGUUUCGAAAUCUGGUUGAAAUCUUGCUGAGGAGAAUGGCUUACCCGGUGAACUUUACGACAUGGGAAAGCGAUGACGAAUUGGUAGACUCUUCUGACUUCUCGGAAUUCCGUCGAAUGGUAGCGGAUGUUCUGGUGAGUUGUUACUAUUUGCUUCGGGUCGAGAUGAUUCAAAUUUUGGUCCAACAGGUCCGAGUAGCCACCGAUUGGAGAAUGUCGGAGGUGGCACUCUUUGCSCUUGCUCAAAUAGCGAAGGACGUCUGUGCCCGGUGCAGGUCUCACGCUGCCGAAGGAACAUYGAUUGCACGCGAUCGACAGGCGACCCAACAAGAAUUGUUACAAUUGCUAGAACAACUCAUUGCGGUAGGUGCUCAKACGAUGGCGUCUCAACACAAAUAUUUGUUGGGAGCAGUGGCCAAUUUUUGUGGCAAUUACUCGCCGGCUUGGAAUUCAAUGGAAUGUCCUCCCCAGGCGAUAUUGCAACUGCUUGUGUAUCUGCAAUCGGCUUUUGCAACAAUGCCCUUGGAUACAGCGAAAGCUACUCGAGCCAUUUAUGUUUCGUGUCUAGUAAAGAGCAUGCCGAAUUUGGAAGAUUUGUAUGCCAACAGCGGUACUGCUAAUGCGGGCAACGAAAAUAGUCCAGCAUCCUCAUUUCUACCAUUAGUUCUCAAAUCUGUGCGAAAUUCUAUGGAAGCUGCUUUGUCGACGACCGACGAGGAAGCAAUGACAACCGUAGCAGAAGGAGCAACACGAUUGAUUACAAAGCUUAAAAAUCCCGAGAUGGCAAGACAGGCCAUGACAACCGAUCUAAUCCAGCCAGUCACGAAUCGCAUUGACGCCGCCUUGAAUGUUUUACCCAAAAGCAACAUCACGCAAGAGUGGAUGACGGUCCCGGUGCAAUCUGCAACUGAAUCCCUAGCCAGGUAUCUUGCUGUUGUUCGGGUCAUCUCUAGAUUUUGUGAUGCUCCUCACAUUCCAGCCAUGGGAGAGUGGAUGCUUCAUUUGCUUGACCCUUGUUUGCAGACGCUACAGCAACGGACAUCAUCCACCCCGGCUCAGUCAAUACUCUUGAGCAAAUGGAUAUCGAUACACCAACAAAUCCUUCGCAAAACGCUACCUCAACAAAAUAUGAUGGUUGCAAUCUUUACCAAUACGAUUCCGCUAAUUGUUCAGGCUCUGGAACAAACUCGCGAUCCUGCCACACUGAAAUACAUUACUACAGCUGUA